UACUGAACCGCAAAAGUACCGGGCAGGUCUGCUUCUUUAGAUGCGUCCAAUAUCUCGACUGUCACUUUUUCUGUAGAUUCUUGCAGUCGUGAUAAGUGGGCUAUCCAGCUGAAUCGCACAUGGAUCUAUACGUCUGGACGGUACUGGUUCUAUUGUCAGUGGUCCCCAUCAGUGACCAAGUCAUUCAGAAAGUUCCUUAUAUACCACAAAUCACCUCAUCUGCCUAUGUAGGACGGAUAACUGCAACAACAUUUACAUUGGGAAGUCCUAUAAAUUUCUUCAAUUUCGCAGCGCUACGCUGUACCGCAGGGUGUCAGGUCUGGCUGGCUGUCGCCCAAAGUUCAACAGAAAAAAAUAAUUAUGAUAAUCAAAAAAUAAACGCUUUCUCAAAAAUAACCUCUCCUCCUAAUAUGACUUUUGUGGGUAUUCAGACCACCGUUACCAGUGCCCCAGACAACAUUCUCCUUAGAGUUUUCAGACCUGGGCCUUUGAGUACAGGCUCUAAGUUCAGUGCAAAGUAUUUUGUUGUCGAUACCGAUAAAAUAGUUGCUGAGACUGAUUGGUCACCGGAUAUCAGCCUUAUAACACCUCAGGACCCUGCAAGCAUUGACACAUGGUUUGGAAAAAGGUCUGGAGGAAUGGUGGUCAUUACUGUCAUCCUGUCUGUCCUGACAGCGAUCCUGCUUUUGCUGUUUUUACUCAUGCUUUAUCUCACUUGUUCUAGCCAUUACAGAGGAAAAGAGAACAUUACCUCCUCUAUGAUGAACAUCAAGGAGUACAGUACCCACUAUCAUACAUCCAUAAUAGGCAACCCGUCAGCUGUCCCGUCUUCCUGAGGCACUGACACAGCACAUCUUUAGCUCUGGACUCAUGAAGUGUACUGCUGCUCGUACACUGACCAACUUCUUCUGUUCCUGUUUGCAUAGGGUUUCUUUCCAGACAGUGGCUGAGUUGGGUCUAGUUUGUCAGUCUUGCUUCUUAUGCUCAAUUUGUGGAUUUAAAGGACAUCACAAAAUAAUGAAGAGCAUUCUAGCUCAUGAGAAACUGAAUCCCAUGGUUGGAAGGCUUAAUUUCAUAAAUGUACAAAUGUUUUUAAUUUCCCUAUUUUAUAUGUAUAUGUAAAAUGCUCUAUACUCUUUAAAUGGAAAGGCUGUCUCUUUAAUUUUUCUAAAGGAUGGGCGCUUUAUGAAGAUGAAGAAGUUUCAUGAAACAAGAUGUUUUAAUUCAUCAUAAACUUCUGAUGGACACUACUUUCAUGUGUAUUAUGAAACAGUUUUAUUUUUCUGUUUUCGGUACAUAUUUGUUUAAAUUGUUGCCUAGUAUUACAUUUCCAAUUUCUAUAAAUAAAAUAUCAAAGAAACCCAACAA